AGGAUGGCAGCUGAUCCCUGAAGCGAACUUGCCAUCAACCUAUUUUAAUCAUUUGGAGGAUACUUCUCCUUCAAGAACUCUCAGUCAAAGACUUCAGGAACUGUGGAAGGUGAGCACUCUUGUCUUGCUGUCAAAAUGCUGAUGUGAAUCAACAACACUUUCAGCUCUGAGAUGUCAGGAUGUUGUUGCUUAGGGGCAAUUCUGAGGUGAAGGCAAGUAGCAGAUUUAUAAUUGCUGUUGCUUAGUUCAUCGAUCAAGAAGCUUUGGAUAUUGAGUUCCCCAGCAACUUGUCCCAUCGCUAAGAAUCAUUCUUACUCCUAUGAGGGAUUAAUACUUUGCUUAACGAGAUUUGUUUAUGGGAAUAAACUUGAGCCAUCAGCUGGCAUUCCACCGUUGAGUCUCGAGUCAUGCGCGAUUCGGACCACAAAUUGCACGAUCCACAGGAAAAGGUCAGAGAAGCGGCACUACAGAACAGGUUUUGGGCAUGCCAAUGCUGUGCUACCCUUUUGCUCUUGGCAAUUUGCUUUCGUCUUGCUUAUUCUAAUGGGGCUUGUCCGAGGACAAAUGGAUGAUGGAGAAGAUGACAAGCUCACACUUCAACGAAAAGAUCUCUGGCACCAAACUGGUGGCCCUGAAUCGAACAGAAGUCUCUCAGCCCAUUGUUUUGGUCUCGGUAGUGGGCUGCAGCGGCGACAGCAGAGGAGGAUAAGAAACAGUGUAACGAGGAGCAUUUUGGGCACACCUGGCAACGGGAAUGGCUCACGUGCAGUCAACCAUCCUUGGUCUGAGCUCCGGAGGGGAAGAAAGAGUGGGGAAAGGAGGGAGGGAGGAGAGGAAAAGCGGAGUCUUUACGAGAGAUGCUGAGUGAGUAGCUCAAAGUUGGGGGCUUUUUUAUGACAACGGCACAAAGAAAGGCUUGUGCGCGUUCGCAGCAUCUUCCAGGAACGUGAAUGGAGGCGGCUGAGGGGACAACGAGGGCCCGUCUGCGUCGGGUCUUCUGACUCCGAAGCGGCUUCAGCUCCCUCCUCUCCACUUUGACCCAGCGGCAUCCGGUCCACGUUGUGCACCUUGACGGCGUCAGUAUCAAUCGCGGUCACCCGGUUCCGCCAUCGAUGCGUCGUCGCCAGUAAUAAAGCGCCCAAUUACCCCUCUCGCUCCCUCUCCCGCAUUCCUCCCUGUCCUCUUCCUGCUUCUCCACCCGACGUGGUUUUUGCCUCCGCUUCGGAAGGAUCUGGUCACGAAUCGUUGAAGGGAUCGGGGGGGAUUUUACCUUCGAUUCUGGAAAUCUUGAGUUUUUUUAGGGUCGGAGAGUCGUUUGAAUAGUUAUUUUGAGGGAUUCGUUCGAAAGAUCGGUUUUUGAGGGGUUUUUGCUUCUGAUUUGCUCGUUCUCGGAGGGAAAGUUGGGAUCUUUGUGGCUGUUCGUAUACGUUUCGGUGCCUUGUUCCAUGGCGAUGGCGUCGUCCUACUGGUGCUAUCGAUGUAGCCGAUUCGUCCGGGUGUGGCCGCAGGAUGCUAUCGUUUGCCCCAACUGCGACGGCGGCUUCCUCGAGGAGGUGGGCAGCCCUCCUCCCCGCCUUUUCCCCGCCGCUGAGCCCCGCCGGCGCCGGGUGCCCUCCACCGACGCUCACGCGCUUGGCGGUGACUGGUCCGCGGCGGCCGCCGCGCCCCGCCACACCUCGGAGCUCAGGUUCCGUCGAAACCGCCGCACGUCCGCCGGCAACCGCUUCCACUUUAAUCCGGUUAUCGUCCUCCGCGGCCCGUCCGAGGGCGGCGCCCGCGACGCGGAUCGAGCCACCACCACCAGCUUCGAGCUCUACUACGACGACGGUACCGGAUCCGGCCUCCGCCCCUUGCCGGAAAGCAUCUCGGAUUUCCUAAUGGGCUCGGGCUUCGACCGCCUGCUCGAGCAGCUCGCCCAGAUCGAGAUCAACGGCAUCGGUCGAGGAAGGGGGUGCGAGCACCCGCCAGCAUCGAAGACCGCCAUCGAGUCGAUGCCUACCGUAGAGAUCGUCGACGACCAUAUCGGGAGAGACUGCCAUUGCGCCAUCUGCAUGGACGCGUUCGAGCUUGGGACCGAGGCCCGGGAGAUGCCCUGCAAGCACAUCUAUCAUCAAGAUUGCAUCUUGCCAUGGCUUUCGCUCCGGAACUCAUGCCCCGUUUGCCGCCAUGAGCUGCCGACGGACGUGCAAGCACAGGGUGCGACGGGGGCAGAAGGAGAUGAGCAGGCGGCGGCUGCCGGGAACGAGGAGGAGACAGUCGGGCUGACGAUAUGGCGACUUCCAGGUGGGGGGUUUGCCGUGGGGAGGUUCUCAGGUGGUAGGAGAGCCGGGGAACGAGAGUUUCCGGUGGUGUACACCGAGAUGGAUGGUGGGUUCAACAGCAGCGGAGCUCCAAGAAGGAUCUCGUGGUCCUCGACAAGUAGUCGGUCGAGGGGGAGCGGAGGAAUUGGUCGAGCUAUCCGCAAUUUCUUCUCGUCCUUCAGGCUGUCACGUUCGGCUUCAUCUUCUUCGCGGCCGAGCUCAGCAUCUCAUCCUGCGUCGUCUCACAGGCACGGAAGUGGUUCAUUUCUAAGGAGGCGAUCGAGGAAUCGAUCCACCAAUUGGGAUGACAACGCCAAUGUGAUUGCUUGAUGGCGGUAUGCGAAAGAUUUCACAUAUGUUACCGCUGUAUAUAAAUGGAUACCUCUGAACAUUGUAGUAGCAUUUCCUGCUCUGUAUCACUGAAGUUGUCGUCCGAAAGAAUCAAGUAGAUGUUCAUGUUGAAAGCUCCUAUCCUUGUGUGAGGCUCAGCAGUAUCUCCUGACUACAGUCUGCUCUAUCCACUGACCAAUUCUUUUGUGUUCUUCCUUCAGAUUGUAACAGAGUUGAAGAAUGCGAGCUGAAUCCAUCAUUCCUUUUGGGACCA